UUGGCGACAGCGAAAGCUUCACGUUACUUGCAGGAACACUAAAGAAAGGAGGAAAAGCGGCUAGCGGGACACACACACUGAUUUUAUUGAGAAAAGCUGUCAUAUAAUCUACAGACGCUGGUAUCACAGAAAUCAUCUCCACUGUGAAGCCUGUGGCGAAGUUCAUCGUGGAAUGUGCUGGUAGCAGUGACUGGCUCAGUGGCAGCGGUGCCAACAGCUGUCGUCCCAUGAGCUGUCUUCUGGCCUGAGCUGUGUGCUUUGGGCUCCGGCCUGGUUCAUCUGGAUCUCUGUGCCUCGGGCGCCGCAGUCAUGGAUCACCCCAGAGAGAAGGAGGGCGAGAGGCCGGUGAGGAGCAGUAAAGUGGGCCAGGGGCGCAGCGGGCACUCGCGGCCCUCCAGCUCCUCUGCGUCCUCUGGGGUCCUCAUGGUGGGUCCAAAUUUUAGAGUUGGCAAGAAGAUCGGCUGUGGCAACUUUGGAGAGCUGAAGCUCGGAAAGAACCUCUAUACCAAUGAGUAUGUUGCAAUAAAGUUGGAACCUGUGAAAUCGAGGGCACCACAGCUUCAUUUGGAGUACCGGUUCUACAAAACAUUAGGCAGUGCAGUUGAAGGUCUGCCUCAGGUCUUUUAUUUCGGGCCCUGUGGGAAAUACAAUGCCAUGGUUCUGGAGCUGCUGGGUCCCAGUCUUGAGGACCUCUUUGACCUGUGUGACCGCACAUUCUCCCUCAAGACCGUCCUUAUGAUCGCCGUUCAGCUGAUUUCCCGCAUGGAGUAUGUGCAUUCUAAAAACCUCAUCUAUAGGGACGUGAAGCCAGAAAACUUCCUCAUUGGACGACAAGGAAACAAGGAGCAGCACAUCAUUCACAUUAUAGACUUUGGCCUUGCGAAAGAAUACAUCGACCCAGAAACCAAAAAACACAUUCCUUACCGGGAGCACAAGAGCCUCACCGGCACGGCUCGAUACAUGUCUAUUAAUACACACCUGGGGAAGGAGCAAAGUCGGAGGGAUGACCUCGAGGCGUUGGGUCACAUGUUCAUGUAUUUCCUCCGGGGUAGUCUCCCCUGGCAGGGAUUAAAAGCUGACACAUUAAAAGAACGCUACCAGAAGAUUGGGGACACAAAACGAAACACUCCUAUUGAGGCUCUCUGUGAGAACUUUCCUGAGGAGAUGGCCACCUAUCUGCGCUACGUCAGGCGGUUGGAUUUCUUCGAGAAGCCGGAUUAUGAAUACUUGCGGACCUUGUUUACGGAGUUGUUUGAACGAAAAGGAUACACUUUUGAUUACUCUUACGACUGGGUCGGCAGACAGAUUCCCACGCCAGUGGGGUCGGUUCACGUGGACUCGGGGGCAUCGGCCAUCACGCGUGAGAGCCACACACACAGAGACAGACCCUCCCAGCACCAGCCCUUAAGGAACCAGACGGCUGUCUCCGACCGCAGAGGAGCUUGGGAGGUGCAACCCAACCGGCAGACAAACUCCUCGUAUCUGACCUCCCACCUGGCGGCGGACAGGCACGGGGGCUCAGUUCAGGUGGUGAGUUCGACUAAUGGUGAACUAAAUGCAGACGACCCGCUGGCGGCCCACUCAAACGCACCAAUCACAGCACAGGCAGAGGUGGAGGUGGUGGAUGAGGCCAACUGCGUGAAAAUGCUCAACCUGUGGUGCUGCUGUUUCUUCAAGAGGAAGAGGAAGAAGAACACACCACGGCACAAAUGAACCUCUGGCCUCUCCACACGAACCCGUUCCUUUGCUUGUUUUUAGAGCGUUCAAAUAAAGAAAUUUUACAAGCCGACUACAGCGAGCCCUCAAAACGGUUCAAGGGGACCUACGUUAGAAAACGAAGAGGCAUGCACAUGUUGCCUCUACGGGGAUUGUCUUUUAUUUUUGUUUGUGAUUUUUUUUAUUUUUUUUAUUUUUCACGUUCAUUUAGGCAGCGACAGUCCUCCAGAUCAGCUUCCUCGGACUUUCUCUUGGAUAUUCACACACAAGCACUGGAAAAGCACCGCACUUCAUUUGCUGUCUCGCUUAGUUUACGUUCUCUUUGUCCCUGGUGGUGGACGUUAAGGCGAGGGAGUCUCUGAAUGUGCCCUCUCGUACUCUUCCUGCAUGACGGACGCAAUUCUAACCCAUUGUGUGAUAUAGACGGCGAGAGGGAGAGAGAGAAAGUCGCCUACGCUGAAGCUCAAAUCACCACCGCGGCCCACUCCAACUCUCAACUCAACGCGAGAUGGAGAUGCGGCUAGCGCAUGAUCUUGCUCUGUCCGCUUAACCUUUAUUUUUUAUUUUUUUUUAUGUUUGUUUGUAUAUUUGUUGGCUGAUUGUUGGUUCUCACGCUGCAGGAAAUGGUCCAAGCCUUAGAAUAUGACUAGCAUUUGAACGUCUGUCGGAGUGAUUAAUGUACACAGGCGAGUAAUAAACGAGUAACUGUCUUAACGAUGCUAACUGGCCUUUACACGUGAACUUUGUGAAAGUGUGACGUAAACAGCUCUGAUGGUGUGAUGGGACGACGGCGAUUUCGAGUUAAUGUGAUGUUCCACUGACUAGUAUUUAAGCUGCUUGUUCUAAAGCACUCCUCCCACUACAAACCCACCAGCCAGUCAUGCUGCUUUCUCCUCUUACGAUAUCGUACCGCUUUGACGUAAAUCUGGAUGCUUUUCUAUUAGCUGAGGUGGCCAGUGAGACUUUCCUUCUCUCGCUUUUGUGGUUCUCUUUUGUAUCGGAAAACAAACUCUUUCUAUUCAUAUAGUCAUUUUAUUAUUUCUAGAAACAGUCCCUGAUAGAUGUUGUUUUUUUAAUGCUAGAAAACUGCUUAUAAUUCAGGAUGAGUUUUUGUGCCAGGGUGGCCAUGGGUCUUAUGCCUAAACGUGUUCAUAUAAAGCUGGUUUGCCACCGUUAGUAGUUGUGUAAGACUCAAGAGGUGAAAUGAGAUCAAAUCUGGGAGGAUGCAGACUGACUAUAGUGACUGCCACUGCAAAGCAUCUCAAUUCAAUGCCUUAACACUACAACUCGGGCAGAGUCUCUCUGCAAUAUGAUGUUAAAAAACUCCUCCCAUGCCUUCAUACCAAUGCAAUAUGCAUCUCAGUUCUUUUAGGAGGUUUUAGUCACUGAAUCUAAUGAAUAAGAAUCAGAGUAUGUGGCAGAAAGUGAUAAAACAAAAAAAAAAACAAGCCCAUCUUUGUAAAUGCUCGUUUGUUAAAGGGAUAGUUCACCCAAAAAUAAUUCAUUUAAUCUCAUCAUUUACUCACCCUCAUGCCGUCCCAGAUGUGUAUGACUUUCUUUUUC